AACUUACUGUGAAUUUUUGUGAUAUUUAAUUCUAUCAAAACUGAUCUUUCUGAUGUUAUAAAAUAAUACUAUUAUUAUACUAUUUUAAUAAAUUACUCAGAGGUUUGCUAAUUUUAUAUUUAUAGUUGUUUUAUGAAUUGAUCUUCUAGGAAUGAUGUGCUCCCUGGCAUGUUGCUACAUGAAAUGUGUUUGGAAAAUUACUUUCGCGAAAUAAAGCCACAAAGUGACGAUGAUUGCGAAGAGGAAGAAUGUAGGAAUAAUGAGAGAUUUCCAGGCUGCCAGUCAUUCAAUGACACUUUGCAACAUGAACAUGGAAGUUACGUUCGCAAUGAAAGACGAGGAAAUGAUGUUGAUGAGGAGGAGGAACGAAUUUGGAAGGAGAGGAAUAAAUCUUCACCGGGGCGCAAAACACGGUAUGAUAUCUUGCCCCACGAAAAAAGGCAGAGAGGUUUUCAUAAAGGAAUCCAAGAAAGUAAUAAUAAGAAUAAUGAGAAUGUGGGAGGAAGGCCACUGUCUAUUUUAUCACCUGGACCAAGAAGAACCAUGUCACUUUUUGACCUAAGAUCGCACAAGAAGAAAAUCAUUGAGUGCCCUUCUGAUUUUGGAAGGAGUAUGUCUACUAUGUGUUUGCCUUCUCAGUCUCAACAGUCAUGCAAGGCAAGGUCCCCAUGUUCAGAGGAGCACUCACCAGAACCUUGUGCAGGACCUUCUAGAGAAUCUCCUAGGCCAGGUCCUAGCUCAUUUCUUGCAGGACCGUCUAAAGAAUUUUCGAGGCCAGGUCCUAGCUCAUUUCUUGCAGGACCGUCUAAAGAAUCUUCUAGGCCAGGUGCUAGCUCGUUUCUCGCAGAACUCUUUAAAGAAUCUUCGAGGCCAGGUCCUAGCUCAUUUCUUGCAGGACUGGCUAAAGAAUCUUUGAGGCCAGGUCCUAGCUUAUUUCUUGCAGGACCGUCUAUAGAAUCUCCUAGGCCAGGUCCUAGCUCAUUUCUUGCAGGACCGUCUAAAGAAUCUCCUAGGCCAGGUCCUAGCUCGCCUCAUGCUGGAACAUCUAGAGAAUCUCCUAUGUCAGGUCCUAUCUCGCCUAGAGCUGGACCUUCUAGAGAAUCUCCUGGGCCAAGGCCAGCCUCGCCUCCACUUAUCCAUCGCUCACAGUUCUUGGAAUAUUUGAAACAAGAAUUAAUAAAACAAAAACUAGCAUUAAAAGGGCCUGUUCUUAAAAGCUCAGCAUAUUUUGGCCAAGGACCUCCAAAUCACCUUCCAUUAAACCAAUGGUUACUGGAUCAGGGACCUCUUAAGAGGUCUCUAAAUAAGGAACCAUCAAACCAAGCAUCUCCAAACAAGGAGCCUGUAAACCAGAGUUCUCCAUCCAGAAGGCCUUCACAAGCUCAUAAACCUGAUGAAGAGAAUCGCAAGCCAGAUCUUCGAAACUUCACAUUUGGACUUCGCCUGGACAUAAUUUGUAAUCAUGUGCGGCUGGAUAUAAUCACAGGAAAGGGCAUUUUUGAAUAUGUUGUCGACUUCUUCCCUCAAGAAAAUAAUCAAUUUUUCAAAAAUCAGAUGGUCAGGCAACACGAGGAGGAACUAGGAGAUGCUCUUUUCUUCAAUGGAGAGAGUUUGUUUCUUUCCACAGAAAGAAAUGAAGAAAGUUACUUUGAGUGCAUUCAUCCAACUAGUGACACAAGAGUGAAGAUGAGUUUAAAAUGUAAAGGACGUGCCACAGACACAGAUGCUGAAGAAAUUUUCAAUAUGGUAUUUAGAAAGAUCAUGACCAAUUUGGGGGUGAAAAAUGUUGGAUAUAGAUUUUUGGAUCCACUUGGAAGUAUCAACCUGACCCAUUAUGGUUUGGAGAUUUGGCCUGUUAUUUUUUCAUGUGUAAAAAAAUUUGACGGAGGACUGCAAGUCUGUGUUAAUGCUUCUAAUUGUGUUAUACACAGCAAAUCUGUUUUGGAGCUAAUAAAUCGAAUACGACAAGGAAACCCCUGUACAUUCCAAGAAGAAUGUUUGAAACUGAUUGUAGGGGCUACUGUUGUAACAAGAUACAACCAUAAAAUGUAUGAGGUGUAUGAUAUUUGCUGGGAUAAGCACCCAGAAUCCACUUUCACAACAAAUCAGGGAAAUCAAAUAAGUUUUUUUGAAUACUAUCUUAACCAUCAUCAAAUAACAGUGCAGGAUAUGGGCCAGCCCCUGCUAUUAGCAAAUGUAACUAAAACAACCGACAUCCUAAAGAAAAACUGCCAAGAGGAGCUAGGCAAUGACAUGUCUCAAAGACUGCUAUCUGCAUGGGGUUUUGAGGUUGAUGCAUUUCCCCUUAGACUUGAAGCCCGUGUGUUAAAUCAAGAGACCAUAUGGUAUAAGAAUGCAAGAAUCGACCUUACUGCAGGUCAAACUAGAUGGUCUGUUGACCAUCAGCUCUUGAUCACAAAACAGCUUAGGAAUUGGGCUAUUCUUUACCUUGAAGAUGACAAGAGGCUGGCUCAAAAUUUGGAAUGUAACUUGCGGUUCGUAGCGGGAUCCAUGGAUAUGAGAAUUUAUCCUGGUAAACUCAUUCAAGUUCCAGAAAACAGCACUGAAAGUUAUUUGCAUACUUUGCGUUGCAUAACUGACCAACUCUUGCAGUUAGUAAUUUUCCUUUUCCGAUCGGCACAAUCUGACAGAUACUCAGCAGUAAAAAGAUUUUGCUGCAUUGAUCAACCCCGUCUUUCUCAGGUCAUACUGACACAGACCUUAAGAAACACAUUUAAGAUAAGAACUGUAAUAAAAAAUCUUGUGAUGCAAAUCAAUUGCAAAUUGGGUGGAGCACUUUGGAGUUUGACAGUUCCGUUCGGGAAGCUAAUGGUCUGUGGAAUUAAUAUUUUCCCUGACACUUCAAGAAAGUGUUUGGUAAUGGGCUUUGUGGCCUCAACAAAUCCACUUCAGCUAUCUUGGCACUCCAAAGUUGGUUUUGGAGCUUCAAUAGAAGAAUUUGGGGACACUCUUUAUUUGGGCAUGUUAAGUGCUUUGAGAAAGUAUAAAGAGGUGUCAGGAGUUUUACCUGAUAGAAUCUUAGUUUACAGAGAGGGGAUCAGUGAUGAACAAUUGGGAUUAAUUGAUGAAAUAGACAUUCCCAACUUCAGAAGAAGUUUCAGGGAUGCAGCUGUGCAGUAUCAACCAAAGCUCACAGUUGUAGUUUGUCAGAGAAAAGUUAUGACAAGAUUAAUGGCUGUUGAAGAAACCUGUGGUGUAACUUUAACUUUACACAACCCCAUGCCUGGUGUAGUGUUGGACCACACAAUCACUAGAUGUGAUAUGUAUGAUUUUUUCCUGGUUUCCCAGGAUAAUAAGUGUGGUACAGUUUCACCUACACAUUAUAUAUAUGCACAUCGCUUAGCCCGCCUUGUGGGUGAACAUCUCCAUGAAGAGCCUUCUCCAACCCUGAGUGAUAAGCUGUACUUCAUUUAAUUGCAAUAGUUCAUUUGAGGUGGAUGUAUGCAAUAUAACAGGAACAGGAAUGAAUAAGAACAAAAUUGUAAAUCAUACAAACAAUUUUAUAUGCGAGACUAAUGGUUUUGAAAAGAAGCAAUCUCUAGUUUUCUAAAUGUAAUUGAUUUGAUAACUUUUCUUUUAUCUCAUUUUUAGCAUUUUAUAUGUAUCAUUUGUUUAUUAUGAGGUAAAAUAUUUUAUGUAAAUAAUGAAGUAUUUUUGCAGGAAAAGGUUGUUUUUUUGAGAUUUGAAAUUGAAAAUUUUUAUAUGUAUGAUUUUUUGGAACAUAAAGAAGCUAUUUACCAUACAUGCCAAGUUUUCUGUUUGUCUUCUGGCCCCCUAAUUUAUCACAGACAAGUCUAAUUGUUUUUUACUUACUCAUAUCAGACCUCAUUAUCAUGUAGUAAAGUGCUGAAGAAAUCUCCUUGUGCUUACGUGUUAAAAAGAGUGUCUUCUUGAAAAUUUUUUUGGUCUGAAUUCUUUGUCAUCACUAAAACCCUUCUUCAGCAUUAUCAUUUUUGUCAGUGUCAACACAUAUAACUUAAUUUAAACAUUAAUACGUUUAUUAUUUGUUUCCACAAAACUUUAUUAAUUAUAUUGUUACCUAUCAUUUUUAUCAUCAACCCUUUUCCAUUUGCUUGGCUAUUGAAUCCUCUAGUUUGCUUUAGUAGGAGACAUGAAUGACACACAUAACAGAAUUUUAUCUGUAACUGAAAGCACAGAAACAACCUACCUACUUGGCAAAACAAUAAUAUAGCAUCUCCAUAUUGAACUUUAAAGCUACUGACAAUCACACUUGUGCUUUGCUAAAUGUUGGACAAUUUUAUUACUGACAAAUAGUACCACAGUCUCGAAAUUAUACAAUAUAACAACAUGACGAAAAUCAGUUGAUUACUAUCAAGGCAGCCAAUUGGCAGAAUUAGAGAUUAUUUUCUG